GUCUUAAUGGGAGGGAUUUCUACCAAGACUCAUUUAGUGACGCUGCAGAGCAGCAAAACACGGAUAUACUGGAUCAGAACACCACGAACUCUUCAGAUAACCUCACUGCUAUGGAUACAUCUGAGCCCCAAAAAAAAAAGACAAAGCAAAACAAUGAGUCGGGAAAAGAAACCAAAGGAUCCAGGGCUGAGAAGUUGAUGAAAUGUCCAAAGUGUCAAGCUGGGAUUGCUCCAUCUGUCACGUUCUGUAAGCAGAAAAAUGACCAGUGUGAAUUCAGUAUUGGUCUGCACCAGGACAAUGGAGAUGACCACACUGCCUGGUUCAAGGACAAGUUAACCUUCACAGAACAGCUUGCAGAUACCAAGAAUAGCAAGCCAUGUCCCAACUGUAAUCACAGUUUUCCUGUAAAGCACAGUGUUGCUAGCAGGACUAAUACGAUGGGUGGAUUCGACAUUGAAUUAUCCAUCAAUAUUCCUAAGGAGGACAAGCUGGAAGAUGAGACUGUUGAAACAUCAUCUGCAAUGAUGGACAACUUGGGGAUGGAGCAAGAUGACGGGGAUGAGAGUUCUUCAGAAACGCCAACAGGAAGUAACACUGAUGACCCUUCUACACGGAGUCGUCUGAGAGAUGGUUGGUCUAAUCUGACAGCAAACAGCAAAGGCUGGUUUUCAUCCAACAUUUUACAAUCUCCAACCCCAGUGGUGAAGGUUCACUAUACUCCUACCAGUUAUACGUUUGGUGCUGAUACUGCCAUAAUAAAACAAUUGAAGAACAACUUAAAGUCAUCAGUACAGUUGGAAGAAACAACCAGGAAGAACUGCAGCAUCAUCAUUGUCUUCUGUCCAGUCAGUUGCAGUUAUGAAUCAGAAGUAAAGUCUGCCAUGGAAAAGGAAGCAGUCUCAUCAUCUGGUAAACCAUUCAUUUUGGUUCUGAUGCAUCACACCAGAGACCCGGACUAUUCCACUGCAGGAUGUGACAUCUCUGAAGUGCUGAAAAAUGUGUUAUAUGUCCAUGUUUUUUACCAUGAGACUAAACCAGGAUUCCUGGAAUGUUCACAAAAUGCCCGAGCAAUCAAGUUAAUUGAAGACGUACUUCUCUCCAAGAAAUAGAGAGCUUCUGCUUUUUAUCAGUUUUGUUUUAAGUACUUUAAUUUAUCGACACCUUUCAGCAGAGACCACAAUUGCAUAUUACCAUUUGAUGAUGGAAUAAAAGAGGGAAAUCUAAAUCUAAAAUUACUGAUCUUCUGACUGUAAACAGCAUUUUUUUUCUUCCAGUUAUCUUCAAUUCUGUGUUUUCUGAAUGCUUAGUUCUGACAGAAUGUAUUAUAUAGCGAACUACAAAUUUGUUCUGAUUCUACGGAGGUUUAAGGCCGAAACUAAUCGGCAAAUACAAGAACAGAAGAUAAACAGGAAAUGUUCAUCAACUUCAUGCUGUUAUCCUGCAGUCAGCUUCCUGUUUGCUGGAUGAACUUCCUGUGAUGUAAUCCUACUCCUCUGCUCAAACCCUUUCCUACCGAAGGUUCCAAUGUUUUCCUCAACCUCAAAUUGAGAAACUUUAAAUGUUAUGCAGCUAUGAAAAAUAAGCAGUGCAAAUGAACGUUGUAGAAAUGUAACAUGUAAAUGUUCUACCGGAUUAAGAUGGUGAAUCUUAAUCCGUAUCUUGUAUUAAUUUUCAUUACAGAUGUUGCUAUUCGAACAUAUCACCAAUAAGUGUCAUGUUUAAUGUUCAUUGGUUUGAUUUCUACACCUUCACUAUAAGACAAAAAUAUUGCUGAAUAAAACAGAAGAAUUUACUGUUUCAUUUAUUUUCAUUUGUGUCUGUUUUCAGUUCUCUAAUGUUCCACAUGUGAUAGACAGGAAGGUGAGCGGCACAGACUGUUUUGUUGCCGCCUGUGAUUUCACUUGUGAUGGAAAAAUUACAAUAAGGUCACAUCUGCUAGUCAUGUUAUAUGAAUGCUUGUGAACUCUCACCAAAAGAAC